AUGGACAGUGUUCGGUUAGCGAAGUUGUUUAGUGAUUUAGAAGAACUAGAGGCAGCGGCUGAGAAGGUAGUGAGUGGCCAAGAAAAAUGCAAGUUGUAUGAAAUGAACCGGAGGAAAUCCCAAGAGGCUUUAAAUCGACUGAAUGACACCAAUACCCCAAAUAGGGUCUGGGCUUGUCUUUCUCAUCAGUUUUUCAAAGUUCCCAGGAAUGGUCUCAGAGCUGCUCUUAAAUCAGACAUUAAUACUUUGGCUGCCGAAAUCAGUUCUCUUAGAAACGAAAUCAAGCAUGACUUGGAGAAUUUACGUAAACUUGAAGGAGAGGAUCCUCUGAAGGGCUUCAAUCUGAAACCUCUCACCAGAGAUGAAAUAUCCGCUCAGCGCAUGAAUCGUUUCUUUGGUCCGGCGAUGACUCUUUGGUUUCUCUUCACUGAUUUUUUCCCCUUCAUCACUGCAUUGACCAUGCAGGAUCAGAUCAUUUCAAAGCCACCACAGGACAAAUCGCACAGACGAUAUAAUCCGCUGGCCCAGGAGUGGGUCGUUGUCUCCCCGAACCGCAUCAAUCGGCCUUGGUCCGGGGCUGUUGAGAAAACAUCGUCUGUUUCUGGUGGCGGUGAUACCUCCCAGGCAUCUCAGGGUUGUGGGAAGUCUAAUCCCCUGGCCCCAGGGUCAAUACGUUCCAGUGGAGCAGUGAAUCCCCUCUAUGAGUCUACAUUUACCUUUCCCAACGACUUCCCUGCCUUCUCAGCACGUUCAGGAGAGGGAGCAGGAGAUUUAACAGAAGAUGCAAGGAAGGCGCAAUCCAAGGACCCUCUGUUCGCUUGGGCUCCUGCGACAGGGGAGUGCUACGUGACCUGCUUUCAUCCUCGCCCUGACCUUACCUUAGCUCUCAUGACCCACGGGGAAAUUAUCAAGGUAAUCGAGGAAUGGGCUCAUCUUACUCGCCAAUGCGCUGACCGCGGGUUUCAGUGGAUCCAGAUAUUUGAAAACCGCGGUGAGAUUAUGGGCUGCUCGAAUCCUCAUCCGCAUUGUCAGGCAUGGGUAAGUGACUUUAUUCCCACGCGAGCACUUCGUAGCGAUUACGGUCAAGAAGACUACUACUCCCGUCACGGGACUCUCUUGCUUCUCGACUACGUGAAACGCGAAUUAGCCUUAAAAGAACGCAUUGUGGUGGCCAAUGCCGAUUGGGUAGUUCUCGUGCCUUGGUGGGCGGCCUGGCCCUUUGAAUGUCUCAUAACUCCACUUCGACGUCAUGUCUGUCGACUGGAUGAGUUAAGCCUUGAUGAACAAUCCACAUUAGCUGACGUCAUGUCGCGUAUUUUGGUCGCCUACGACAACCUCUUUCAGACAAGUUCACCCUACUCCUUCGGAUGGUAUCAGGUUCCACUGCAGGCAUCUCAGAAAGCCGUCUACUGGCAACUUCAUGGAAUUUACCUACCACCGCUGCUGCGUUCUGCCACAGUGAAAAAGCACAUGGUGGGAUAUGAACUUUUGGCUGAAGUGCAACGUGACCUCACGCCGGAAAAGGCAGCUCAUUUACUUCGCGACGCUGCAUCACGAGAACAUUACACGAAAACAAAACCGCACUAG